AAGAUUAAAUACAUUUUAAAAAACAUUUUUUGCCAAAAGAUCAUAUAAUAAUGGAGAUGUAUAGUUAUUAUAAGAUGAUGUGGAUAUUGUUCGUGGUGGCGGGAUUCGCCACCACGAGCCACGGCAACACGCUUUCCGAAGACGACCAUAUGUGGAAGCUAAGGGAGGCCGAAGCUAUGGUUCAUAACCUCAAAGCUUACCAUCCUAAGCCUGAAGCAGUUACCAAAGAACUCCAUGCCAAAGUCCACAUUGCAUUGAACGAGACAUUUGGAGAAUGGCAUGGGAGCAACAGCACGAGAAGGGAAUUGGUGAAGAAAACUCUAAGCUUCAGGGAGGGCGGAUGCAAGGCCACCAACCCCAUCGACCGGUGCUGGCGGUGCAACCCCGACUGGGCGGAGAACCGCUUCCGGCUGGCGGACUGCGCCUUGGGUUUCGGCAAGGGAACCACCGGAGGAAAGGGCGGCGCCAUCUACGUCGUGACCGACUCCUCCGACAACGACGUGCUCGAACCCAAGAACGGGACCCUCCGCCACGCCGUCAUCCAGAAGGAGCCCCUCUGGAUCGUCUUCUCCCAGAGCAUGACCAUUCGCCUUUCCCAUGAGCUCAUCAUGCAGGGCGACAAGACCAUCGACGGCCGCGGCUCCACCGUCCAAAUCGCCGGCGGUGCAGGUAUAAAGAUCCAAUUCGUGAAGAACGUGAUCAUCCAUGGCAUCAAAGUAGGGGAUAUCAAAGUGACAAGCGGCGGCAUGGUGAGAGACUCCGUUGACCACAAAGGUCUCCGGGGCUCCGACGAGGGGGACGGCAUAUCCAUCUUCGGGUCGAGCAAGAUCUGGAUCGACCACGUGUCCAUGCACAACUGCGCGGACGGGAUCAUCGACGCCGUCGCGGGGUCCACCGCCAUCACCAUCUCGAACUGCCACUUCACCGACCACGACAAGGUGCUGCUCUUCGGGGCCAACAACGUGGACCCCAUCGACAAGGUCAUGCAGAUCACGGUGGCGUUCAACCACUUCGGGAAGCGGCUCCACCAGCGGAUGCCGCGCUGCAGGUGGGGCCUCUUCCACAUCGUCAACAACGACUACACCCACUGGGUGAUGUACGCGGUUGGGGGCUCGGCGGGGGCCACCAUCAUCAGCCAGGGCAACCGGUACAUCGCCCAGGUGGGGGAGAACUUCUUCAAGGAGGUGACCCACAGGGACUGCCCCGACGACUCGUGGAAGUCGUGGACGUGGGUUUCCUCCGGGGACGUCUUCCAGAACGGGGCGUUCUUCACGCCGUCGGGGGAUCCCAACGGGGCAGAGAAGUACGGCCACAAGGACAUGAUGGAAGUGCAGUCCGGCCACGCCGUGCCGGAGCUCACCAUGUAUGCCGGCCAUCUGUCGUGCACUCCUAAAUCCCCCUGCUAAUUAUACAAUUAUCCAUAAAACCGAUCAUUAUAAUUUAUGAGUAUAAAUUUGGAUGACAAUAAUUAUUGAAUGGCUAAGGAGUAAUAGUAGUAUAAAAUACUCCGUACGUAAUAAGAACUUAUAUCUAGCUAGCUAUAAGGGCAGAUCUCGUGCUCAUAAAUUAGUACAAUAAUG